AUGAAGACCACCAUCAUUUUGCUCCUGGGCAUCCUGGCCCUGUGUGCCCAACUGCAGGCAGCCCCUGCGGCUGCUCGGGACGAAACAAAAAAAGGUGCUCCAGCUAGCUGGGGGCAGCUUCAGCUGGAUUAUCCCCUCAGCAGCCAGCUGGGCACCUUGGAGCUGAGCGGCACCACUUCAUCCCCGCGGCCGAUCGGCUCGCAGGGCCACGGUGACCCAGCGUCCCGGUGGGCUCAGCGCGGGGCUGUCCGGGGUCCGGCGGGCGGGGGCCGUGGCCAGGGGCGGCUGGCUGCUGUUCCUGCCGGGCGAGUUCUCAGCAUGGCCGCCCAGUCUCCUCGAGGCUCCCCCUCCCUGGUCGGCAGCCAGCAGCAGCAGAUACCUGAUACUCGGGUUGUGCAAGCGCGAAGGGGGAGCCUGGCCCUGCCCGGCCCUUGGGAGCCACCCGGAAGGCCGAGCCCGCCGGCCCCACCUGGAGAGGAGCUUAAAGGCCGGCCGGGCGGCCACAGCGCAGCCGGUUCCUGCACCAUGCCCACGGCCCGCAGCGUCCUCAUCUUGGCGGGGCUCCUGGCUCUCUGGGCAGAGCUGCCGGCAGCAUCCGCCCAGAAUGACACCACGAAAGCCGGCGUGUGCCCGAGCCCCGCGAUGGAUGCGGUGAACUGCACAGUGGGGUGCCAGUCCGAUGGCGACUGCGAGAGCACCCUCAAGUGCUGCCCGGCAGCCUGCGGCAAGGCCUGCCAGAAGCCUGACGAGAAGCCUGGCACCUGCCCAUCUGUCAACCCAGGCAUCCCCAUGCUGGGCCUCUGCACCAACCAGUGCAAGACCGAUGCCGACUGCUCCGGGGUCCAGAAGUGUUGCAGGAAUGGCUGCGGCAAGGUCUCCUGUGUGACACCCCUCCACUGAGGUGCAGCCACCUCCUGCCAGCCCAGCCACAGGGAAGCUGCUGCCCGAUGCCCAUCCUACAUGCCCUGGCCCUGGCCCUGCACCAUCCCCCCGGAUUGGAGCCUUCAGCCUCAGUUUUCUCCCUGGGGUUCUCUGCUCGGGGCAAGCCCCGUGCACUCUCACCAAUAAAGCAGCUUCUCCCUGUCACACUGUGGCUGUCUCUCCAUCCCA